AUGGGCGCCGACAUGGCGCAGCUGCUGAGUCUGCUGAUGCACGUCUUCGCCAUGGGCCACGUGGCCGGGCCCUGGCAGCUGCAACUGCACCUGGACCGCCAGGCCCUGCAGCACCUCUGCGACCGCGUGGAGGACUCGAUGGCCAGCUCCCCGGGCGCCUGGGCGCGCUGGGCGGACAUGGUGGCCUGCGGCGGACUGCGGAAAGGCGGUAUUGGCUUCAAUCAGGCACUCAUCGAGCACUUGCCGCUGCUGGCCUCGCUACCGCAUGACCUGCUGACCUCACUGCUGCCACAGCCUCACCUGGGCUCCGUGACGCUGAAGUUCACCAGCGCUGCAGCCAUGCUUCAGACCAUGCUCUUCACGGUGCUCUGCAGCCACUCUCUGGCUGCUGUCAUGGGUGCCGCGGAGGCGGUCGUGGCAGGCCUCACCGGCAACACAGCGCCGCUGCGGCGGAAUCGAUUGCCGGAGAUGCUGCAAUCAAGUCACACGCGGCCCGUGCUUUGCCUCUGCGAUAGCGAAGCGUCCUCUGCUGUCGACAAUAUCCACAAGCUGGCGCAGAAGGAGCAGCGGAAGGUUGUGCAACUCUCGCUCACGGACUUGGCGGCCAGCGAGAGCAAGGGACUCCCAGGGGAGGUCCGUGGCCCGGCGGCUCAGAGCUGCGCCACGCCCGGCGCGGUCUUGGAGCGCCUCGAGGAGUGCAAGGACGUGGGCUACUGGCUGGUUCUGCACCUUCAGCCUGGCGCCUUGCGCCUGGCGCAGGCAGGCUGUGAGGCCGUCGGUUGGCAACUGUUGGAGUGGAUUUGGUUCAAUUGCAGCACCCCGUCCUUCCACAGCACCGCGGACGAGAAGUUCCGGCUCUUCAUCAUCGUAGAUUCCAGGUCUCCCUGCGCUCUGCCCACUUGGCUUUUCCGCUCCCGGCGCGGCCUUUGCCUCUUCGACAGCCAGACAGGUCUCCAGCUGCGCGCGUGGCUCGAGCAUGCCGUGGACUGCACGAGGAGAUCGGAGCAAAGCCCGCCGGUCCCGGUGGUGCCAACGGUCCAGGCGCCCUCCCCGAGCAGCAGCAAGGCAGCGGCAGGGAAGGAGUUCAAGAACUUGGCCGAUGCAGCCAAUGGAAGUCAGCUGCUGUCCGAGGGGAAGAUGGCCAAGGCAACGUCCAGCCCCGUUUUGUGCAGCUGCUUGGACAUGGAAGGGAUCUCGGUCUCAGUGGCGCUGCUCAGCGGUCAGAGCUGCACUGUGGUGCUUCACGGACACGCAGCCCUUUGGGAGGUGCGCGCCGAAGCGGGCCGCCAGCUGGGAGUAGGCCUGGAGGCACUGAUCGCGCCUUGCGGGAAGCGGUUGGAUGACUACUGCAGCCUGGAGAGCUGCGAGGGGCUCACGCUCACGGCGCUCUGCCGCCGCGCGCGGCUGGUGAGCUCGCGCUUCGCCAAGGCCUUCGCCUUGAUCCGAGGCGACGAGACGGUAGUCACCUGGGGCGAUGACCAGAACGGUGGGGACAGCAGCGAGGUUCAGCACCUGCUCAGGAGGGUGCAGGACGUGCAGGUCUCGGACGGCGCCUUUUGUGCGGUGCUGGCGGAUGGCUCCGUGGUGACUUGGGGCCAGCCCAACUUCGGGGGCGACAGCCGGCGCGUGCAAUCGCAGCUCCGAAAGGUGCGCUUCGUGGUGCCCUCCUAUGCCGCCUUCGCCGCCGUGACGGCGGAGGACCAGGUGGUGACCUGGGGUAACGCGGACUAUGGCGGCGACUGCUCCUCUGUGCAGCAGCAGCUGCAGAACGUGCGGCAAGUGCAAGGCUCAUACGCCGCAUUUGCAGCCAUCCGCGAGGAGUCAUACGGGCAAAGGCAGCCCAAAGAGAAGCCACCCAAUGCCAUAGUUGCAUUCUAG